AUGAAAGAUAUUCUAGUACCUGUUGUCCCUGAGUCCUCAGAGACUCAGGAUCUCGAACUUGUGGUAAUCGCUAUCAACACCAUUUCACUCCAACUCUGUUCCCAAUAUGUUCCAACAUUAUUUCAAUCAUUUGUUGGAGCACUGAAGCUUGGUAUUCGAAACUGUACUGCCAAUGCUCGGGAUGACAUCUACCUCGAGAUGCAAGCUCGUCCUCAAAACAGAGGAUCGUCGAAUACGCAGCUCCAGGGCGAUAUCGACGAACUUCUGCAAGAACGGAUAUCUCGUCAAGGCAACCACUUCAGAACCUUACAUUCCAAAAGGCAACCAGAGCACAUGCUCGAUGCUGUAACUAUUCUUCGUGGACUGAAGCACUCGCUCGGCCUUCAGAUUGUCGACUACUCGACCGACACAGAAGUACAGCUUAUUGCUGCUUGUGGCAUCGCUUUGUCGCAACUCGGUCGAGUGAUAGCAUACGAACCGACCUGUCCUUUUGUCAGAUAUUGCUGGCUGGUACAGGAUCGCCUUGAAAGAUUUCCAAGAAGUCGAUGCCUCGCGCCAAUCCGCCCUCCAGUUGCCCAGUCAUCUCAACAAGCAAUGACAAGUGAGAUCCUAAGCAUUGCGCGGCGAGUCGAACAGAAGAUUGACGACCUGCCAAGGGACCAGUCGGAUCAGGACGUAAAGAACAAUCUUAACCUGAGCGUCCGGGUUGAUAAGAUAGAGCAGCUGGAGUUACACCAACUCCUCCCCGAAAACACUCGCAACCAGAAUGCUACUCCUUGUGCCCCUCCUCCCACUCCAGUGAGGCAAAGUCCAGAUGAUGGUCAACAUGCCGAUAUCUAUAGCUCCGACUAG